CUCUCGGACCUCAUAGACGCGAACCACAUCCUCGACUACCACGAGGUUGUCAACGGCUUCGGGCACAUCUCUCUGCGCAACCCUGAUGAUCCCACCACAUUCUACAUGACAGGCGUCCUGCCGCCCGCGCUCAUGCGCAGCGUCAAUGACCUCGCGCUCUUCACCGUCGGCGAUGCGGUUCCCGUCUCCGGGAGCACAGGCAACGCAGCGUCAAACUACCACGAGCGUUUCAUCCACGCUAGCAUCCUGGCCGCGUAUCCGGGCGUCAACUCGGUCAUCCAUUCGCACGCGCUGCCGCUUGUCGCCAGGGGCAAUACUGCGGAUCCGCUGCGGCCCAUGAUCAACCUUGCCGCGUUCCUCGGGAACGGCGUUCCCGUCUACGACCCGGAGGACUUUUACCCACCCGGUGCUCAGCGCCUUUUGCUCGUCAACAGCGAGUAUCUCGGCGAUGCACUUGCUGCUACGUUUAGCGGUAAUGGGACCAGUGUAGCCAACGGGACAGCCAAUGUUCCCCCAAUCUCUGUCGUGCUGCAACGCGCGCACGGCUUCACGUGCUGGGGCACCACCGUCCACCAGGCCGUGUUUAAAGCCAUCUACACGCUAUACAACGAGCAGAUCCAAGAGACUGCGGAAGUGAUUGUCGCGAGCGAGGGAGGGCCCGACCCAGAGUUUCUAAGCCCAUCGGAGAUAGUGGACAGCCAGCCCCUAUCUGAAGGAGGGGAAGGAAAGGAGUGGCCGCUGUGGAAGGCUCAGGUUGAUGCGAGCCCGUUGUAUCAUAAUAAUUUA